AUGAAGAUUGAAUUCCUUCUCAUCUUCUCCCUGAUUGGUCUUGGUUCGUCUGGCCCCGCAAGGCGAGACUGUGGCCAGAAGAAGUGCCACGAUGCCGUGAACGAAUGCGGCAUGGCAUACGGCGGAUGUUGGACUGAGUGUGCCAACGGUGUCAUGAGCUUGCGCACGUUCACAGUGCCGCCCUGUUCUUCCCGCAUUAACUCCGCGGUAUGCACAGGUACGGGCUAUCAAGUUGAAACAUCUAGUACAACUCUUUUCCUGGAUGUCAUCACAGCCAAGUCGUCCAUCACUACACCUCCCAGCCCAUACCAUACUCAAGCGCCACGCUCGAGACGUACCCGUACUUGCUCCCCGUUAUGGCUGUGUAUCGACAAGCUAGCAGUCUGUGGAAACUCGACACAGAUGUAUGGCGGAUGCUACGAUGUCUGCACGUCUGCUCCACCUUUCAAAUCUCCUCCCUGUACCAUCUCUUCAAGUACCAUA